UCCAGCUACCUCGAGUGAUUGUUACUUGUGAUAAACCACAUAGAUAAGGAUACACUCAUACACACGUACACACACAAGCACAGCGAGAGAGAGAGAGAGGGAGAGAUGGAGACGUCUCACAUUUGGAGAGGAGCUCUGCAAUGGUGGGACGAUUGGCAGCUGCGCGUGCUCGUCCUGGGCAGCCUGGGCCUUCAGUGGUUCCUCCUGCUGGCUGCCCCCAUGCACAAGUACGCCCUCCCGCGCGUCUUGAGGACAUUCAUCUGGCUGGCAUAUAUUUCCAGUGAUCCUCUGGCAAUAUACGCGCUGGCCACCCUCUUCAAUCGCCACGCAAAGACCAGCAACUCUGGCGGUGACACUCACACUGUCACCGGGACCGGGAGCGAGCAGCAGUCGAGCAUCCUGGAGGUCCUAUGGUCUCCUAUCCUUCUCAUCUACCUCGGUGGGCAGGAGGGAAUGAGUGGCUACGAGAUAGAGGACAACAAGCUGUGGGGGAGGCACACCGUGACCUUGGUGUCCCAGGUGGCUGUCGCCUUGUACGCCUUCUACAAGUCGUGGCCCAGAUCCAACGACCCAAAGCUAUUGGUGGUCGCGGUUCUUCUCUUCGUCGUCGGGGUCAUCAGCUUCAGCCAGAAGCCAUGGGCUCUCAAAGCUAAAGCCAGGAGACUGGCGGCUGUAUCGUCCGGGGUGCAAGGACCAAAGAAGCCUUCCAACUGGAAGGAGCGCAUGAACCAGUUUUUCUUUGGGGCGAGCCACUGCUUCACCGGCACCCGGAAGGCACAAAGUAAUUUUUCAACCAAUUUUUUUAGCUAUAUGUAGGUGGCCUGAAAAUACAAUUUGGGUCAGUCGAUUUUUUGCGCCAUUGAUUUCUGCUUCAAAUUCGUGCUCCUUGUUUUUUUGUUUCUGUUGUGACUACUGUUGUGUUUUGGGCUCAAAUAUUCCACUGACCACGGUUUUGGGUCACUCGAUUUAUUAUUGCGCUUAGGCCCAUUUUGCUUAUCUGUUGAUAGGCCGAUGUUGCUUCCUCUUUUUUUUUCUGUUUGUAUGCAUUUUUUUUCUUUUUCUUUUCUAGUCGGUUUUUAUCGGUAC